AUGACUUAUCAGUUUUUGAAUACAUUCAGAAGAAAAAUUAAUGAUGCCUCCGGAGGCAACCAUCAGGCGUCAGUUGAUGAAACCAAUAGACCCACUGCCACGGCAAGAAACGUCUGGAGUCGUUUAUCGGAUCUGGUGCAGUUGCAGACAAAGCAACUACGUCGGAUAAACCGAAGACAACUCCAAACGCGAAUGGCCGAACACGCUGCAGCGGUGCGAAGAAAUGACGCCAGCUCUCAAGUUGCGGCUCAUUCGACGGGUUCCGGCCACAUAUUCAAAUUUGACGAGGCCGAAAUUCUCGCAAGAGGUGCCAACCGCGUGAGCCGGGAGCUACUUAAAUCAUGGUUUACUGGCCCCCAGUCUAUUGAUAAGUGCAAUGAUCUUCCCAUUCACUACACCGUGCUGAGUCUUCGUCUAGGCGGAGUAAUUGGCCAGGCGGGGAGCGCACAGGUGAACACUCUUCCCAACGCCCGGGUCAGCGCGUCAGAUGGUCGAGCAAUCAUCACACCAACAUCCAACGCACGUGAUGAAAUUGCAGCAAUUAACGACGCGAACGUCGGCCAUCACGCCACGUGCAACGAUCCCUGA